AUGGCAUGCUCUUCCAGAUUCUGUGCAUUCGGCAUACUGCUGCUCCUGGGGCUGAUAGCAAGAGCGAAUGCGUCCGUGCAUACCUAUAAGGGCAAUCGCUUUUUCCACACGGCGGAUGCUUUCCUUUUUCGCGGCGGACGGGAAGGACUCUUCUCGUCCACGCCUGAGGCGGUGGCUCACUGGACGACGAUCGGCAAAGCCGUCGCCAAUGGCAAGGCAUACGUCAGGUUCCAGCACCUCACCUUCCACCGCCCCAUCUGGGAGGCGCGCGACGCGCCGGUGGCGGGGCAGACGGGACUGAUCGAGGCGCUGCUGUUCGAGGUGGGCGACCGCGCGCGCAUCGGCCACACGUCGCCCACGGGCACGCGCUCCUUCUGCUGCACGCCGGAGCUCGUGCGCAAGACGGGGUGCAACCCCGGGCACCUCAUCGUGCGCCCCCGCGACGACGACAGCAAGUGGCCGCGCGUGGUGGAGAUCAACUUCAUGGGCAACGACAGCGCCGUGGAGGCAGCAGCAUCGGAGAUGCACAUAACGCGGACGGGCAUGUACUACCUGUGGUUCGUGAUCUGCGAUAAGAACCUCGCCGAGGUGUCGGUGACGGGCGGCACCGUGUGGAAGAACCCCUCCGGCUACCUGCCCGGCAUGAUGACGCCCUACCUCAACUUCUUUGGCGCCAUGUCCAUCGCGUACCUGCUGCUGGGCUUGCUGUGGCUGGUGCAGUACGCGCGGUUCUGGAGGGACGUGCUGCAGCUGCAGCACUGCAUCACAGCGGUGCUGUUCCUGGCCAUGGUGGAGAUGGCCGCCUGGUACUUCGACUUCGUCAACUUCAACGCCUCGGGUUACCGCCCCAUUGGCAUCACCGUGUGGGCCGUCAGCGUGGGCGCCGUGCGCAAGGCCGUGUCGCGCGUGCUCAUCCUCGUCGUCGCCAUGGGCUUCGGUGUCGUGCGCCCCACACUCGGGGGGCUCUCGGGCAAGGUGGUGGCGCUGGGGGCGGCGUACCUGGUGGCAGCGGAGGGGCUGGACGUGAUGCAGAACGUGGGCGCCAUAGACGACCUGAGCAGCGGCGAGCGCGUGAUCCUGGUGCUGCCCGUGGCCGUGCUGGACGCCGCCUUCAUCCUCUGGAUCUUCACCGCCCUCUCCAAGACCCUCGCACAGCUUCAGGCGAAGCGCACGACACACAAGCUGGAGCUGUACCGGCGCUUCACCAACAUGCUCGCCCUCUCCGUCCUCAUCUCCGUCGCCUGGAUCGCCUAUGAGAUUUUUUUCAAGGUGACGGACCCGUUCAACGAGCGGUGGCAGGCGGACUGGAUCACGGGGUGCUUCUGGCACGUGCUCACCUUCUCCCUGCUCUGCGUCAUCUGCAUCCUCUGGGCGCCCUCCCAGGCCUCCACCAGGUAUGCUUAUUCCGAGGAUGCUCCCGAUGAGGACGAUGAAUUGGAGACACCCCAUACCUUCACCAUGGCGUCGGAGAAGAAGGCAAGCAACCCGAUGCGGGAGAUCAAGGUGCAGAAGCUCGUGCUCAACAUUUGCGUCGGAGAGAGCGGCGAUCGCCUCACGCGCGCCGCCAAGGUGCUGGAGCAGCUGAGCGGUCAAGUGCCCGUCUUCUCCAAGGCGCGCUACACGGUGCGGUCGUUCGGCAUUCGGCGUAACGAGAAGAUCGCGUGCUACGUGACAGUGCGCGGCGAGAAGGCGCUCCAGCUUAUUGAGAGCGGCCUCAAGGUGAAGGAGUUUGAGUUGCUUCGCCGCAACUUCAGCGCCACUGGCUGCUUUGGGUUCGGAAUUCAGGAGCACAUUGACCUGGGAAUCAAGUACGACCCGUCCACUGGCAUUUACGGAAUGGACUUCUUUGUUGUUCUCGAGCGCCCCGGCUACCGUGUGUCGCGCCGACGGCGGGCCAAGUGCCGCGUGGGCAUUCAGCACCGCGUGACCAAGGAGGAUGCGAUGAAGUGGUUCCAAGUCAAGUACGAGGGAGUCAUUCUCAACAAGGCACAUGCCCAAAUCGGGAUGUAA